AUGGAGGAGAAGGUACAGAGCAUGGUGAAGCUAAUCGAAGAAGACGGCGACUCGUUCGCCAAACGGGCCGAAAUGUACUACAAGCGUAGGCCCGAACUGAUAAGCUCGGUCGAAGAAUCCUACCGGGCCUUCAAGGCCCUGGCCGACCGGUACGACCUCCUUUCGAAAGAACUCCAAAACGCCAACCACACGAUCGCAACCGUUUUUCCCGAGCAAGUCCAGUUCGACAUGGACAACGAAUACGACGAUUGCCCCACGACCCCCAGACUCCCGAAAAAUUCCCAAACGCCCCCCGCAAACUUGCCUAAUAUCCCCAAGGCCCCGAUCGAGAACCUCAAGGGCCUCAUCUCCACCGCCUCCAAGCAAUUCCAAGCCAAGAAAUCGUCGUCUACCGCUUACAAGAAGACCAAAACCGCCGGCAAGUCCAACACCGUCGUGAAAUCGGGCCUCGCCAAGGACGAAGCCCUUGUUGAGAUAGACAAGCUCCACAAGGAAAUACUCGCUUUGCAAACGGUCAAAGAGUUUGUUAAGAGCUCGUACGAGAGCGGGCUCGCCAAGUACUGGACGAUCGAGAACCAAAUCAUGGAGCUUCAAGAGAAAGUUAGCCGACUGCAGGACGAAUUCGAUGUCGAGAUGGUUAUCGAAGAUAAUGAGGCCCGAACGUUGAUGGCCGAGGCAGCACUUAAGUCUUGUCAGGAGACACUCGCCGUGUUGGAGGAAAAGCAGGAGAAGUCGACCCGCGAGGCCCAAGAGGAGUUCAAGAAAAUCGAGUCGGCCCGGGAGCUCUUGAAGUCCAUUAAGCACGAGUUCAUGAAAGAGUCGGCCGAAGGCGACCAGAAGAAAUCGAGUAGUGUUGUUGAUGAUGGGGGCAAAAACGAGAUUUUUUCGGAAAAUAACAACAAGAGCCUUGAUUUCGGAUCGAUGCCUUCGACACUUACGGUGACUGAGCUGGCGGAGAAGAUAGACGAGCUGGUUAACAAGGUGAUUAGUCUCGAAACCGCAGUCUCAUCUCAAACGGUCAUGAUCAACACGUUACGGAUGGAAUCAGACGAGCUUCACGCGCAGAUUAAGAGCUUGGAGGAGGAGAGGGAGAGCUUGAUAGGCGACACGAAUAAUCUCAACACGAGGGUGAAGGAAAUGGAGGAGAAGUUGAAGAGGAUCGAAAAUCUGAACAGGAAUGUGGAGAAUCAGAACACGAGUUUGCAGUCGAAUUUUGCUGCUGCGCGAUCGAGCCUUGAGCAUUUGUCUGAGAAGUUGAGCACGGUGAAGCCGGACGAGGAAGCUGACGGAAUCGACAGUUGUAUUAAUAAUAAUAAGACGACAAAAAAUAAGGAGGAGGAGGAACCUAAACCAUUGUCUGAACACAAGCCAGAAAAGGAGAUAAUAGAAAAGGAGCAAGAACAGAGGCCGGAGAAAACAUUAGUAACACACGAGAGAGCUUUCGAAAAACAAGAAGAAAUAAAGAAUCCAGUUGACGCUAACUCUAAAACGAUGAACAUCAGCCCCACAAAUCCAAUAAUCGAGGAGAAAACAUUAGAUGUGAAAGAAGUCGAACAAGAAGAAAUAAAAAAACCCGCCAAGAAAAUGGUCACAUUCUUGGACGAGAAAGUAAAGGAACACGAACCAGCCGAGCCACCACAGACUCCGGCCAAAACCGGGACAGUGAAAGAAGAUGAACUCAAUUGGCAGCAAAUACUCCUGAGCGGGACCGAAGAUAGAGAAACAAUCCUCCUCAAAGAAUACACUGCGAUUCUAAGAAACUACAAAGAGGUGAAAAAAAAGCUAAGCGACAAUGAGAAAAAGGAAAAGGACAUUCAGUUCGACGUGACCGUCCAAAUGCGGGACUUCAAACAAGCGAUCCUCAAACGGGACCAAGAAAUCCAACACCUUCGCGACAAAAUAACCCGCCUGCAGCAGGCGAACAAGAAUGCCGACAAUAACGACGAGGACGAAAUUACCGACUCACCCCUCAAGGAUGGAGACGAGAUCAAGAUUGACUUCACGUUGCAGCGUGACCGAGCGAUCUCGGCCGUGGAGGAAAAGCUCCGCUCGGAGAUCGACGCGAUUCUUGAUGAAAACCUCGACUUCUGGCUGAGGUUCAGCACUGCCUUUCACCAGGUGCAGAAGUUCAAGAGCGAGGUGAGGGAUUUGCAGGACGAAAUAUCGAAACUGAGGGAAAAAAAGAAGCAAGACGGGAGCGUGAACCAACAACACAAAUCCGAGGCCCGGCCCAUUUACAAGCACUUAAGGGAGAUUCAGACAGAGCUGAGUGUGUGGCUAGAGCAAAGCGUGUCUUUGAAAGACGAGCUGAAGCGGAGGUUCGAAUCUUUAUGUAGCAUACAAGAGGAAAUCACGAAGGCUUUGAAAGAAGGGGUGGAAGAGGAAGAGAUACAGUUCAGCAGCCACCAUGCGGCUAAGUUGCAAGGGGAGAUUCUGAAUAUGAAGCAAGAGAAUAAUAAGGUGAGGGAAGAGCUGCAGGCGGGGCUGGACCAUGCGAGCGUGCUGCAGAUCGAGACCGAGAAGACGCUAAGGCAGCUGAACGAGGAGUUUGGGAUAUCGACAGAUCAACCGAAGAUGCAGCACAACAUGAGCAAGGCUCGUGUGCCCCUGAGGUCGUUUAUAUUCGGGACGAGAGCGAAGAAGCAGAGGCACUCGCUUUUCUCGUUCAUGCACCCGAACAGGAAGUUUCAUGUUGUGCGGCCUGGCGGGAUGGCGCCGAGUGAUCAGUGA